AUGUCAAAACAUUUUUUAAGGCAGUUUUUCGAAGUUGAAUCAUCAACGUAUACAUAUUUACUAGCUGAUUUAACAACAAAAGAAGCUUUAAUUAUUGAUCCUGUUGUUAAUACGGUUGAACGUGAUGCUAAAAUAAUUCAACAACUUGGUUUACAAUUACGAUAUGCAUUAAAUACACAUAUACAUGCUGAUCAUAUUACAGGAAGUGGUAAACUAAAAACGUUAUUUCCCGGUUGUCAAAGUAUUAUUUCGAAUGUAAGUGGUGCUAAAGCUGAUAUAUAUAUCAAAGAUGAGGAUUUAAUUAAAAUUGGAGAAUCAGGUAAAACACCGAUAAUUCUUGAAUGUCGAUCAACUCCAGGUCAUACAAAUGGUUGUACAUGCUUUAUUUGGCAUGAUUAUGGUGCUAUUUUUACAGGUGAUACACUUUUAAUUCGUGGAUGUGGUCGAACCGAUUUUCAACAAGGAAAUGCUGAUCAACUUUAUACAUCUAUACAUACGAAAAUAUUUACAUUACCUGAAUAUUAUAAAGUAUAUCCAGCACAUGAUUAUACCGGACAAACAUGUUCAACUAUUCUUGAAGAAAAAACAUACAAUCCAAGAUUAACUAAAUUACGAGAAGAAUUUAUUGAUAUAAUGACAAAUCUUAAAUUAUGCUAUCCAAAACAAAUUGAUAAAGCAGUUCCUGCAAAUUUACUAUGUGGUUUACAAAAUGAUAUUGAAUAA